AUGGUUCACUGGAGUGAGUACUUUUGGGGUGAAGGAAACCGGGGUUUAGAAAUAUUUUCAAGUAAUGUUAAAAAUGGUGCAAUAGCUAUAGAAGAAUUUCAACGAUUUAUCAAUGAAAGCAUACAAUGUGAGUCAGCAUAUUGUAAAAAUUUAUCUCGUUUACAAUCACAAUUACACAAAGCUCAAUAUUUGGGCACAUUCACACCAAUAUGGAAUUUAAUACGUGAUUUAUUCGAUAGAGUUUCUUCAACACGUUUAGCAACAGUGAAUUUCUACCAAGAAUUAUUACGUGAUAUUCAUAAUUAUCAAGAUAUACAUCAGAAAAAAGUUAAGGCGCACAUACAAAAAGAUGGAGAUAUAACACGUACAUUAGAUCUUAUAUCACAUUUAAAUACUGCACUAAAUAUCGUUAAUAAGGCUAAAGAACAAUAUCAUUCGAUCGCAUCAGAUUAUGAACGCGCUAAACGUGCUAACAGUAACGUAUCAAAUAAUUCAUCGGCACCUGCAACACAAGAGAAUAGUUCGCCAAGUCUUGCUCAAUCUGCAAUGCAUUCAUUGGCGUUAAAACAAUUAGAACGCUUAGAAAAAAAAUAUCGACUUGCUCAAGAUGAUUAUAAGUCAACAAUUGAUAAAUAUAAUUUAAUUCGUAUUGAAUAUGAAAAACGUUUUCAAGAUACUUGUACAAAAUUUCAAGAUUUUGAAAUCAAUCAUAUCGAAAAACUACUUGCUUUUUCAUUGAAUUACUCGGAAAUCUUUCAACGAAACAAUGGUCAAAUAACAAUAGCGCAAAAUGAAUUUAAUAAUAAAUUAAAAUCAUUAUCUGGCAAUGAUCUACUAGAUAUAUUUGUUGAACAAAAGAAAACGGGCACAGAUCGACCAGCUACUUUACAACUAGAAGAACUUGAUAAUCUGAAAACAUCAACAAAUUCCAAUAUAUCUGAUUUCACAAAUAGUCACGAAGACUCAAGUUUAUUUGAUCAACUAGAAUCCGGUGUACCAUCGUUUCAAGCUCAUUUCACUGUGCCGUUAUCAGGCACAAAAACUGUAGACAAUAAUAAUCGUGCUCGACAUCACCAUCAUCAAAUUUUCCACGCAUUUUCUCCACAUUCUACUGUUAAUCAAUCACAUUCACCAUCUCAUAAUCCAAUCAUAUCUCCUACUUCAAACAUGACGACAACAACAGUCAAUACAACGAUUUCUGGCAAUCAAAUGCUUCGUUCGCAAGAUUCUUCAAAUAGUAGUAGUGAUCAAGUUGCUAAUCCAUUUGAUGUCAAAAUACGAAAACCAAAGUUUAAAGGCUUUUUCGGAACAAAUCGUAGAGAUAAAAAUGCGAAGAAAGAUGAAAAAAAACCAUCUAGUAAUACUAAACCUGGUACAAAAUCUCAGGCUCAACAAUCAGGUAACGACUCAAAUGGAGUUAACCUACCAACUUUCAAUGAUGAAACUAAUGACUUAAACACAAAAUAUGAUAAUGACGAUGGUUCUAUUCCCACGUCACAUCGUACUGAUAAAAACAAAUGUGCAACACCAGAACCAUAUAUUCCAACGAAUCCAUCAAUAUUGAGAAAUGAACUGGAUUGCCAUGGCAGUCAUAGUUUAGUGACAUCUCGAUCAUCAAAAUUGUCAAGUUCAAGUGAUUCAAGUGAUGACGAUGAUAGUGAUAAUCCAGUAUUAAAAAUUGAGUUUAAAAUCAAUCCGAAAUCAGAAGCUGUACCAGAAAUAGAUGAUGAAAUGAAAAUAGUCAAUGCUAUGCGUCUUAUUGAUAAAAAUAUUGGAAAUUUGCUCACACCCUCAAAAGGAUCGCCAAAUAAAACUGCAGACAUAAGUAAAUCAUCUUCAAGUGAACAAAUGAGUACGAGAAUACUUCCACCACCACCACCUAUUCCAUUACGUACAACUUCAACACCAAAUAGUGUAAGUGUAACAACAGAAAAUAUCGAUCAAUUAAGUAUGUUUCCACCGCAUGAUAUGUUUGAUCGAUCUGCUCAGAAUUCAAUGUUCACCAAUUCCAUUAAUCAAGAAACUAUUGAUUUCCCUCCGCUAUCUACAAUCGAAAAUAACAAUGCAACACCAAUAACAUUUAUUGAUGAUGAUACAGAAGUAUCUGAUUCAUUUUCUGAUAAUAAUGCAAUGAAUAAAGUAACCGAACUGGCAACCUCAGACGUACCUCCUACAGAUCAAUCAAAUCAAGAACAUCUAGCAUGGGCUGCUACUAGUUCACCAACAACUUCAACGCAAACAAACUUACGCAAUAGUCCGCUAACAUCUAAUGAGCAACGAACUUCUCCAUUACAAGAGGACAAUUUGGAUCAAAUUCCACUUGCUAUUGCGUUCCAAGAAGUAUUCCAUGCUAUGAUGUCUGGAAACAAUCAAGAAAAUUGGAAAAAGAGAAUUGUUGGUGAACUACUUAUUUCGUUUCCAGCUUCUAUGUUAAAUAUAUUUGUUAAUCCAUCACAGAGUUCAAAUUCAUUACAGUUUCGAUUAAAAAAUUCAGAACAUGUUGAAAACAUAACUACAAAUUCUUCAUUAAUAAUACAGAAUGAGCCAUUAAAAGACUCCAAUGAGUUAAUUUAUACGUUUGACAUGACAGAAUUAAAUAAUACACUUCGAAAUUUACAAGAAACGAAGCCUUCAUCACUUUUUUUUAAUCUUAAUGCGCUCACUUAUGAAGUAAAAAAUUCAGAAGAAUCCAACGUUCCGAUUCAAAUAUCAUCAAACUGGACGCGUACAUUAGAUACUAUUUCAGUGAAUAUCAAUUAUAGUUUCAAUAGUUCAGCUUUACCAGAUUCAAUGCGAUUGCAUAAUGAUUGUGUGAUAUUUUAUACGAUAAUUACAGAUGGGCAAGAAAUUAAAGAAUCUUUACCGACUGCCGAGUGGUCCCCGAAUGAAUGUAAAUUAUGGUGGAAAGUUCCAUAUACAAAUGAUGGAACAGGAAAUUUAUCAGCGACUUUGACAACUGUGCAAACAAAUACAGUUGACACUGACAGUGAUCAACCACAACAACAACAACCAUUGACGACAUCAUCGAUUGUGAAUGCUCAUUUCAUUGGUGAAAAUUCACUUUUCUCAUCAAUUGAUUUUGAUCUUACUGGUCAUGGUUAUCGAGUUUCAUUACUCAAAAAGAAAAUACUGAGUGGUAAAUAUCAAUCUGAACCCGACCAGAGUGAUCCAACACACUUAUUUCAACGUCCAACGAUACCGCCUGCAUCUAUUUCUUAA